ACCAGUGAUCGGUUUGUCGGAUUUACUAUAAGUUUGAUUCCGAAAGUCUUAAUUUACUCAUCUUUUAGAAAAGAGAAUAUUUUCGAUGGCAAUUAACGAUCCAACUGUACGGCCGGAUCCUUUCGAAGGUAUGAGCAUAGCACCAACCAACUUUUUAAUGGACGUCGAAGGCCGCAGUGCAUGUCCGGUUUGUGGGAAGUCUCGAAAGUUUUUCUGCUACACCUGCUAUGUUCCAGUUGCAGAAAUUCAGUCUAGCGUACCGCGUAUUCAAUUACCAGUUAAAGUAGACGUUAUAAAGCAUAAAAAUGAAAUCGAUGGAAAAAGCACGGCUGUCCAUGCGGCUAUAUUAGCACCGGAUGAUGUCAAGAUCUACACCUACCCCGAGAUACCGGACUACCGUGAAGAGGAAGGUGUAGUUUUGAUUUUCCCCACACCGUCGGCAUUGACGGUCGCAAGCUUGUUUAGUGGAGAAACAUAUCAGAUGAAGGAAAACUAUGGCCUUCCCAAAGGAUACCAUAUGGGCACGCUACUGCGGUUUCGAUUGAACGAUAUCGUCGACGCACACGUUCAACAAGAGCACCAACCUCAGCAACAGCAGGAGCAAGAAGAUAUCCCGGAGUUUUUACCACCUAGGGACGAUAGUUUCCCUAUAAAGAAAGCCAUUUUCAUCGACAGUACGUGGAGUCAAUGCAGAGGAAUCUACAAAGAUGAACGGCUUCAUAGCUUAAGAACGGUGGUUAUUCAGAAUCGAAUAUCCCAAUUCUGGCGGCAUCAACGCAAUAGUCCGAGAUGGUUUUUGGCCACAGUAGAAGCAAUUCAUCAAUUCCUUAUGGAAGUUCAUAUUGCCGCGUGGGGUCUCGAUAGUCGUUAUCGAGGAUUGGAUCACAUUCACCUCAACAUGGAUCAAAUUCAGAAGAGUCGUAUCUUUCUACCGGAUGAGAAAUGUGGAAAUGGGGUGAGGCCAUACAAUGGCCAGUACGAUAACAUACUGUUCUUUUUCCGUCAUAUGUACAACCUGAUUCACAAACAUUAUGACCAUGAGACAUUAAAGGCGUACAAACGACCACUUUACUAACAGUGCGUAACAUCAGAUACACACGGUUGUUGGUUGUUGUUCACAAAUCAAAUCCUUGAUGGUUUUAUUUACCAUUUAAACAAAUACCGUAUC